AUGAGUACCGAUGAAGACCAAGAGUCUCAAUUUAGACAAGAAGACCACCAGGCAGCCUACAUAUUCCGACCCAAGGGCGGAGAAACUGGGGUGGAUCGACCUGCGAAACGGCGGCGUGUAUCCGAAAAGGCAGUAAUUGAAGAGACUAACAUUGCAAAUUCGGCGUCGUUUGCACCGUUGCUUAAUGGUGCCGAGCUGGCCGAGUGCGUAAAGUUGCGCGAGAAGCUGUUCCAGACCAGCUGGGGUCAUCUCGAGUCGAAAGUCCAGGGAAUCCUUCGCGAUGCCAACUCAGCCACACUAGAUCAGGUGACUGCUUUCAUUCGGGAAGAGUCUAGCUCAGGCAAGAUUCCCUCAGCCUUCAUCAUCACUGGACCCAACAUAUCGUCUCAGGACUUAUUGUUCGAGCAACUGUCCGAGACACUUGAGGAAAGCACGCGUAGCAAGUUUGUCCGGCUGAAGUCUUCAGAGGCCACCAACUUGAAGGCUGCCCUCAAGAAGAUUAUCGAGGAUGCCACAUCACGGGGCUCCCUGGACGACGAAGAUGUCGAGGUUGCAUUCGAACAAGAUGGACGAAAGUACCUGAAUUACGAUCUCGAAGGCUUGUACGCCUUUUCAAAAGCACAGCAGUGCGAUCGCAUCUUCGUCGCCUUUCAAGACAGCGAAGGGUUCGACAGCGCUCUCCUGUCCGACCUGAUUGCACUCUUCAAUUCUUGGCGGCCCAAGAUCCCGUUUAUACUCUUGUUCGGCAUUGCGACAUCGGUAGAGCUACUUCAAGCGCGUCUACUCAAAUCCGCAUGUCAGCAUCUCCAUGGUGCUCAAUUCGACGUUGUGCAAACUGGAGUGAUAUUAGAGCAAAUCUUCAAGCCGGCUGUUGCGGGGAUGGACACCGCCCUUGCGCUUGGCCAGACUUUGUUGCAGAGCCUGGUUGAAAGGCAACAAGACCAAGUUGCCAGCAUUCAAUCCUUUGUGGCCUCGAUCAAGUAUGCAUACAUGUGUCACUUUUACGCCAACCCGCUGAGCCUAUUUUCGAUGGAGGACGACGAGAUGAACAGCGAACUCGUGCAAAAUGAGCACCUCGAGGCCAUCCGAUCGCUCCCGUCGUUUCGGCGCGAGGUCGAAAGCGCCGUUGAGGCCAAGGAUCCGAGAUCGGCGAGGGCUUUGUUGGAAGACGAUGACCUACUUCGCGAAAGGAUUUUCGACAUUCCCGAGCAAAAACGGGAAUGGGUUACUCGCCUCCUCCGCUCGCUCAAGCUCGUCCAGGCGACAGGCGUUAUCCGGGAUGAAUUUUCCUCGAUGUACAUGAAAGCGGUGGCCGAAGGAAUCACCCUUUCGUCCGAGGGUUGGGACAUCGUUGAAAGCAUCAAGCGGAUGCAACCGGAUGAGUUUGUCUCAAUGCUGCAACGUAUUCAAGAGGGCAUGGCCGGUGGAGAUGGCCAGCUAUGUCUCGCCGGAUGGGAGUCCGAGGCCGGGGACACGCCAGGUCUUUUACAGACUCUUCUCGCCAACUCGAAGGCGUUACUAAGUAAGGCGCAAGAGCAUGGCACCACCUUGAGGAGCGCGUACAGUGGCCACAGCAGGGUCCUCCGCACCACCGUUGUUGCGCAAAAGGUGCAGCUCAGCCACGAUUCGGCAGCGCUUUCCGAAGACGACAAGGCCUUCACCAAAAUCGUAGACAUUGCCGCGGAGCUUUUGCAAGACGUCAUACACUGCGAGCCGGCCGCAAAUGUUUUCCUGCACGAGACAUGGCUCUACGAUUCCAAGACACCCUACCGCGACGUUUUCGUACCCCGCCCCCAGGAUGUCUUUGACCGGAGCCUGAAGCGACCGCAGGACUACCUCGCGUGCGUCUGCUGCAGCAACGACGAGGGUAUUUCGACAACAUUGCCCGUCACGUCGUUGCUGUAUCAUUUGUACUUGGAGACGGGCAACCUCAUAAACGUCGCAGACCUGUGGUCCGCCUUUUACGCCAUGGUGGGGGGCGACGAUGAUGCAGAGAGCGAAGGAAACGCCGAUGAGCGGGCGGCGCUGGUGCUCUUUUACAGGGGACUGGCCGAGCUAAAGGCUCUCGGCUUUGUCAAGAUGAGCAGAAAGAAGACGGACCACAUCGCCAAGCUCAAGUGGCUGUGA